AUGCUACGUGAGGCAUUCUUCAUCUUCGUAUGCGUGGCAUGGGCGGGAUUUGCUAUUCAUCUCUCCCCGUGGAUUAAGGAUAUCUCCUAUAAAGUUGAACCUUACAAUACUACUACAUCUCAAUACCAAGUGCCACCUACACAAAAUGAAGAGCACACACGUCUACUGCAGAAACUUGAGCGAUCCAGUGGGAAAUGGGACACUGUCCACCCUCGACAUCGAUUGUUAACUGCCCUGCAUGGAUAUACCCGCUACAAAGACAAAAACCUAGCUGAGGUAGAUCGAUGGAGGAAUCUUUACAAAAAUGUCCCCAAGCGGCAGCGAACGAUGCUCGAAUCAACCGUCCACUACACGCGUAAACUAAACACAAUGGAGCAUCUGCUGGACACAAACAACGAACUCGCCAGAUCUAUUGUUGAUCACGGUCUUUGGUUCUACAAUAUCACCCAACCUGAACUGGACGAAUUCAUCAAAGAAAAUGAGAGUCAGCAGCGGUCCGCUGAUAAGACUAGCGUCUCUCAGGGAAUGAAGCACUUUGUGCGUGACUGGGCAGACGAUGGCCAUGAAGAACGAGAACAAUCCUUUGGAUGUAUUUUGAAAUCGAUCUCCCAGACGCCACGGACAAAAGACAGACCCUUGCGAGUGCUGUUACCCGGGUCUGGACUGGGAAGAUUGGCGCAUGAGGUCGACAAGCUUGGAGGCUUUGAGGUCACCAUGAAUGAAUGGUCAAUGUACAUGAAUCUGGCAUACCGUUAUGUGUCCAGUCUCUCCGUUCCCAACAGUGUAUCGUUUCACCCUUACAUCGACUGGUGGUCUCACCAGCCGACGACCGAUGAUCUCCAGCGCUCGGUUACGUUUCCAAAUGAAGCUAUUCACCCGUCAUCUGUCUUGCUCAUAGAAGGGGAUUUCACUACGGUAUUUGCAGAACACACAGGCCAAUACGAUAUACUCGUGACCCUAUUUUUCAUCGAUACCGCGCGGAACCUAGUCACAUAUCUUGAGACCAUCCACAGACUACUUCGUCCUGGUGGCCGUUGGGUGAACCUAGGACCUUUAUUGUAUGGCACAGCACCAUUUGUCCAGUUAUCACUGGACGAGAUCGUGACAUUAAGUGAGAGCAUGGGGUUCGAUUUCCAGGAGACAGAUCCCACAAGUGGAAAUAUCACAUUGCCAGGUUUGCCAGUGCGAGGAUUGGAGGUGGCAUAUGGGCGGAAUGAGCGUGGGUUGAAUAAGAAUGCAUAUCAGGCGCAAUAUUGGGAGGCUGUUAAGCGUUAG